UUUCCCUCGCCGCAUCUCUCUCUCUGUCGCUCUCUCUCCCCGCCGUCGAACAAUCCGGGCACAAGAAGGCUGGAUUUCCCCCUCUAUGUCAUAUCUGGAUGGGUGCUAGAAAAUGUCUAGAAAGAGGGCCAGAGGCUGCAGGAAGCAGAGCACAAAAGGAAAUGUUGGGGGGAUUCCACUGGAUUCCACACUGGAUCAUGUGAGGACACGCAUCCAACAGAAGAUGUGGCGCGCUACCCAAGAUGAUGUGUUUUUACCAAGCAUCGACCGCUCUGGGAGUCUGAGCAAUUAGUUUGCACCUGGAGGUUUCAGGCUGGAGGUCUGAGCCCAGCCUUGGGGGUUCACUCAGAGAGGAGCACAUAGGGCUUCUGCUGGGGUAGCGCCAGGGGCUCGGCACAGCUCAGCACCAUGCCUGAGGCCAACUACCUGUUCUCUGUGUCCUGGGGAUACAUCAAGUUCAAGAGGAUGCUGAACCGGGAGCUAAGCCACCUGUCUGAGAUGAAUCGUUCAGGCAAUCAAGUGUCAGAGUACAUCUCCAACACCUUCCUAGACAAACAGAAUGAGCUGGAGCUGCCGUGUCCUGUUCCCAAGUCCAGGGAAAGGAAGCGGAGGCAAGGCCAGCAGCAACAGCAAGGUGGAAUGAUGACUCAAAUCGGGGGGGUGAGGAAGGUCGGCUACUCACCCUGUAUCUCCGGAAGCACCAACAGUCGCUUUGGAGUCAACACGGACCAGGAAGAACUGCUGUCUAAGGAUCUGGAGGGCAUCAGUAAAUGGGGACUGAAUAUCUUCAAGGUGGCAGAGCACUCUCACAACCGGCCCCUCGCAUGCAUCAUGUACGCCAUCUUUCAGGAGCGAGACCUGAUGAGAACUUUCAAGAUUCCAACGGACACUUUUGUGACGUUCAUGCUGACCCUGGAGAGCCACUACCACUCUGACGUGGCCUACCACAACAGCCUGCACGCCGCAGACGUGGCGCAGUCCACUCACAUCCUCCUGUCCACACCAGCACUGGAUGCUGUCUUCACCGAUUUGGAGAUCUUGGCAGCUAUUUUUGCAGCUGCAAUUCAUGACGUGGAUCACCCGGGAGUGUCCAACCAGUUCCUCAUCAACACCAACUCCGAGCUGGCUCUGAUGUACAAUGACGAGUCGGUGCUGGAGAACCAUCACCUGGCGGUGGGCUUCAAACUGCUGCAAGAGGAGAACUGUGACAUCUUCCAAAACCUCACCAAGAAACAGAAGCAGUCUCUCAGAAGGAUGGUCAUGGACAUGGUUUUGGCAACUGACAUGUCGAAACACAUGAGCCUGUUGGCCAACCUGAAGACGAUGGUGGAGACAAAGAAGGUGACCAGCUCUGGGGUCCUUCUGUUGGACAACUACACCGACAGGAUGCAGGUUCUACGCAACAUGGUCCACUGUGCAGACCUGAGCAAUCCCACAAAACCUCUGGAUCUGUACCGACAGUGGACGGACAGGAUCAUGGACGAGUUCUUCCACCAGGGAGACAGGGAAAGGGAGCGGGGGAUGGAGAUCAGCCCCAUGUGUGACAAACACACGGCAUCAGUGGAGAGGACCCAGGUGGGCUUCAUUGACUACAUUGUGCAUCCUCUGUGGGAGACGUGGGCAGACCUGGUCCACCCGGAUGCCCAGGACAUCCUGGAUACGCUGGAAGACAACAGGAACUGGUACCAGAACAUGAUACCGCAGAGCCCCUCGCCUCCCUUCUACUCCAGCAACAGAGAGGGCGGCUCACACGGGGACUUGGAGGGGGACCCUGUCCCGAGCAGGUUUCAGUUCGAACUGACGCUGGAUGACCAGGAAAGCUUCGACUCAGAGAUGGAGACGGCGGUCUGCGACGCCACGGCGGAGACCUGAGUGGUCGAUUAGAGAAGGAACGCGGCAUCUUUUUUUGCUGUUUUGGCUUCGUUUCAUUGCAGUGGAGCAAUCCUGCAACGUGGCUCUUUGGGGCUUCCUGGCUGAAAGGGGCUUACUGAAAACGGGGCAGCCCUGCUCAAGAGGCUUAGAAACCCUCCAGCAGUUUGUUUUGGAGCCCCCCCCCCCCCCCCCCCCCCCUCCCCCCGGGGGAAGAUGUUGGGCGCCUUCUGUCCAAACACGGAGACUUGGGAGUAUCCUAGCUGCCACUGACAGAGUGGACAAUGUACAUUUGUGUACUGGGACAAGUGAAAAUUCCAAAUUUGCACCUCAGGAUGUUUGUUGUAUUCCUUCAAAACAACUUUGUAUUGUGUUUGGACUGGAUGUCAUGUGGUUAAAUGUCCAACCAAAAUGACUGGUCAGCAAGUAAUUAAUAUUCUUUUUUUUUUUCGAACAUGUUUUUUUUUACAACCAUGCCCUUUUAUAAGUGUAUUGAUAAUUUAUUGAGCACAUCCAUGUAGCUGUAAAGUGUGUAACGUUUUCUACGGCCAGGACAUAUCUGUCCCACACAGACUUCCUACUGAUCUGGCAAUAGGAAAAACUCGUCCUCACUGCGCCUCUAAAAUCACUUUUGACUUCCCAGCACACUUUGCACUUUGUGGCCAAAAGAAUCGUGGGUAAAAUUAUGCUCAUUAACAUCAGUUUCUAUUUUUUAUCACAAAUUACCACCUACUGUAAGCAAUUAAGUAACUCGUCCAAAGAUCAAUUUGAUAAGAUUCUGCCGCCUUGUAAAAGUUAUCAAAAAAAAUAAAAAUAACAUUAAUUUUAAAUAUAAAACAUCUGAUUGUUUCUAAUUAUCAGCCAAUAUGAGUAAAGCAGGUCAAUGACCAUGAAUUGUGGGUUGAAAUGAAACCAGCACAGCAUUGACCUAUUUCAAACAACCGAAAAUGCAACAGACACAAACGGUCAACACGCAUGGUCGCACAUAACACAACCUGCUCAUUGAACUUUGUGGAUAUUUAAAUCUUUUGCAAUGCAUGAUGGGGAAACAUGCAAAAGACUCUCUCCGUGCUAAUUUUAGCUACAUGAUAUUUCUGAUUGGCUACAAAACUUUAAGGAGGUCGUCACAGAUGUAAACAAAGUAGGAGUUGAACUUCCACAUACUCUUAAUAUCCAAUUAUAUUAAUUGUAUAUCCAUUAUAUUAAUAUAAUAUGUACACGUGUGUAUAUAUAAAAAUAUAUAUAUAUAUAUAUAUAAUGUAUAUAUGUAGUCGAGGUUACUGUGGUUUAUCCAUUAUGCAGUGCUCAAUACCAGGGUAGAGCGAAAUAUACGUUACGUCGGGAAAAAAUACAGAGGCUAUUUCAUCCCUACAAGCCUGUGACAUAGACAUAGAGGUGGCUUGUUGGGAUGAAAUAGCCUCUGUGUUUUUUCCCGACCUAUUAUAUAUAUAUACAUAUAUAUAUAUAUAUAUAUAUAUAUAUAUAUAUAUAUGAUUAUAAGUUUUUAUCAUUUUUGUUUGCUUGUUGAUUUUAUGCCAUUUUUGUUAUAGGUAACGUUAUUUUUUUUUUUUAAUGGCAAACACACAGCAUAUGUUAUAUUUCCCCCCCAAAAAACAUUUCAAAGCGGAAUAUUCGAUGUCAAGUAAUAGGAGCCUUGAAUGGGUCAAUAAUCCACACCAACACUGAUUUGGAUUCAUUAUUAUUUUUUGAGCAAUGACAGUUUUAAGGGGGGAAAAAAAGGCUUUGCGUUAUUAGAGUCAAAUUCGCCUGCAUGCUUAUUUAUUCCACUUUUCGGUCUGAUAUUAUUUUUCCAUUUUAGAAUAAAAAAAAUCUGUUUCCUAUGACAAAAACGGCAUUAAAUCCACAAGCAAACAAAAAUAAUAAAAACUUAUAACUCCCAAUGCGGCCACCAAAUCAACAUAUUCAGUCAUCCUUGGUUUAUAGGACAAGGAACAAUUCGGUUAAUCUCUUUUUAAUUAUUUCUCUGACAAAAUCCCAUAAAUUUGUCUCAAGCUGAGCUAUUCCGUGUCGGAAAAGAAAUUAGUGUCUGCCUUAAAAAGUCAAUUUCCUUCCAUGAGCUCACACACUAAAACACCUGCUGUGGUUUGCAGCCCCACCAGUCCUGUAUACUCUGACUUAUACCAAACUGUAGACACUUGUAUGCACACUUAAGACACCUGUCGGCACUUUUUUCUGACGGUUCUGCAGCUGGUUGCCGAUCCGUCCGACGCUACCUUAAAGGUACCAUGUUGUGAAGUGGAAGGGGCAGCACCGAGGCGUGAACGUGGUCACGUGAUCGCACCCGGACAUGAACUGUUGACCCCUCAGCUGUGUGUAACACUGUAUUUAUUAUUCCCUUCCAUGUACAGUAUGCUAUUGAUAUUGAUGACAAAUGGUCACUGUGUGUUUGUUAUUUAUAUGCACGACCAUGUGUCGAAUCAGUUCGACUGGUUUCCCCUGGUGGUUGUGUUUUAUUGUGCUUCGGACAUUUUAGUUACAAGACCGUGACGUUAUGCAGUUCCAUUUGCGACUGUACGUUUUGGGUUCGUAUGGAUCCACCUCCUUUUGUGCACGAGAAGUUUUGUUUUGCUCAAAGUGCAGUAUCAUGUGUACAGUGAGAUUUUCAGUGUUUUGGUCAAAUGCUAUAUAAUGUGCUCAACACAUGUUUUCUAUCAGGUGAAUAAAAUGAGCAUGUAUCACGGACA